AUGGACAUAUCAUUCAGUAGUGAAGUUUGCGUAGAAAGAGCAAGGAAACGCAGAAGAAGUAAUGAAGUUACAAUAAAGGAUGGCGAAAAAGAAAUAAAUAUUCAGGUUAUUGUGCGUUGCAGAGGACGUAUUGAACGUGAAAUCGCCGCAAACGCACCGGUCAUUAUUGAAACGAACUUUCGUGAGGUACAAUUAAAGCAGUCACCGGAAAAAAUACUCAAAACGUAUACAUUCGAUAGAGUUUUUGGACCCGAAGCAGAUCAAGCCAAGAUUUUUGAUCAUAUCGUUGUCCCUAUUUUACAUGAGGUUAAAGCGGGUUACAAUUGCACUCUGUUCGCUUACGGGCAAACUUCAACUGGCAAAACAUACACGAUGGAGGGUAAUUUAGACAUUACGAAUGGUCAAAUGAGUCAACAUGCCGGUAUUAUUCCGCGUACUCUCUUUAACCUUUUUCAGGAUUUAGAAGCAGAAGCCCAAGAUUUCUCAGUCAAGGUUUCUUAUAUUGAAUUAUACAAUGAAGAUCUUAAAGAUCUUCUCUCUUCUAAUGAUGAUACACGAAAGUUGAAGAUUCAGGAUGAAGGAAAUAAAAAAGGCAUACUUAAUGGUCAUGAGGAAAUACUUAUUAAGAAUGCAGCUGAUGGAAUACGAGUUUUGAAGCUUGGGUCCGUUAAACGACAUGCUGCACAAACGAAUUGUAACAAAAAUUCAAGUCGUUCCCAUUCUGUAUUCUUUAUUACAGUGCAUAUCAAAGAAACAAUGGCAGAUGGAGAAGACUUGCUCAAGGUCGGAAAAUUUAAUUUGGUAGAUUUGGCAGGCUCGGAGUGUAUUGGCCGAUCAGGAGCCGAAAAUAACCGUGCAAAAGAAGCUGGAAAUAUAAAUAAAAGUUUACUGACUUUGGGUCGUUGUAUAAAUGCUCUUAACGAACGUUGCUUACAUAUUCCUUUUAGAGAAAGCAAGCUGACUCGCCUUUUGCAAGAUUCUCUUGGAGGAAAAACUAAAACAUGCAUUAUUGCAACAGUAUCUCCCGCAAAAUCAUGUUAUGAUGAGACCGUAUCAACUUUAGAUUAUGCUCACCGAGCAAAGAACAUUCGUAACAAGCCGGUUGCUAAUCAACGCGUCACAAAAAAAGCUUUGAUAAAAGAUUAUAUUAAUAAAAUUGAACGCCUGGAAAUGGACUUGCGAGCUACUCGGGACAAAAAUGGCAUUUUCAUGUCAGAAGAAACACAUAAAUUAUUAGUGAAUGAGAAUAAGAGUCGAAAAGACGAGUGUGAAGAAUUACAGAAACAAAAGGAAGUGCUAACCGAACGAGCUACAAUUGAUCAACAUUAUCGUAAGAAUCUUCAGGAGUUACAGUCUAAAUUUAAUAUUUUUAAGACAAUGAGUAUUGGAUUUGGAUCAACCGUUUCCCGUAAAUUAAAUGAUGCUUAUGAGGAGCGCACAAAGGAAAUAUCGGAGUAUCAUAAAUAUAUUGAUGAACAACUUGAUCGAUUUGAGCAACAGAAAAAUAUGUUUGAGCAAAUUUUUACUAGUGAUAGUAAAGUUGUCACUACCUUUUUUGGUGAAAUAAACAAACUUCGUAAAGGGUUUCAAGAAGCUGCAAUUAAAAAGGACAAGGGAUUACGCGAGGAGUCUGUUACUAUGCUCAAAAGUUUGCAUGAUGAGUUGGCGGGUCAAUCUAUUAAGAUGCAAACUUAUCAUGUCAAGAUUGACGAGGAAAUAUCUACUUUGGUGACUACAACGCAAGAGCAUAUUGAUUCUCAAAACCAGGCCAUUGUUGCUUGUCAAAGUAUUACUGAAGAAGCAGCUAAGAAGGAGACUCUUUACCUCGAGACACAAAAUGAUUUAUUGGAUGAUAUCAUAAAAAAAGAAUGCAAUUUUGCGACAAACUUGAACGAAGAAAUAUUGAACAUUAUCAAAAGAGAACUUAACAAAUAUACCAGUACUCAAAUUGAUAGACUCAAGAAAUCUUAUGAUGAAGCACAUGUUUCAACUCAAAAGAACGGUAUGAAGACAUCCAACACUAAAUAUUUAAACAGCCACAAAUCACAAUAUGCAUCUACAAAGGAGAACCUCGCAUCUCUUAUAAAGGAAAGUAAAAUAGAUUUAUCCGCAAACGUCAAUAAUAUAACGAAAGGAAUGUCCUCACAAUUGGACAAAUAUAAGAUUCUAAUUGAAUCAACAUUGACUUCUUUGGAACGACUAACUGUCUCAGCAAACGAUGAAUCAUCCGAACUUCAUAAACAACUUGUCGAGUUAUUCAAGUCAUUUGCGUCCGAUGUUACUCAAUGCUAUUCUUCUCUUCAAAAUAAAAUGACGAAGUCACAAAUGGAGCUUGAAUCGAGUACACCUCAAGUAACUAAAACA